AUGGUUACGUGCCAAACCCCGCCCAUUCAACCGUCAACCAAUAGCGAGUCCGCCAGCCCAUUAACAAAAGAAAAGUCAAUGGUAUACGGCCUGGUACCGCCCUGUAUCGGGCCUGAGAACCCACACGGGUCCCUCUACUUGGAUGGGUCAGUACACGCCAAGUGGUUCAAUAGUAACUAUCGGUUCCAGGACACUUCGUGUGACUUCAAGUGA